GCCGCGCCCCGCAGCCGCCUCUACAGUUUGAACUGCGUGGAAUGGAGUCUCCUGCCACCAGUGACAAAGGAGAUGAUUGCGCAGGCUGAGCAGCUGAUGGGCCGCUUCCAGGGGGAUCCUUCUUUUGCGUAUGAGUUUGCAGAGAUAAAUGCAGAAGAUGCUGAAAAGCUGAUUGAAGGUGGUAAGGAGUUCUCGAUCAAGGAGGAGGUCCGCCUUGUGGCUACAAUAGAACAGAUAGACAGAGCAGUUGGUAUCAUCCCCCGGGGGGCAUUUGUGAAGACACCUCUUGGGUCUGUGCAUGAAAACAGAAACUUUGAAGGUCUUUCUUUCACAGAGGCAAAAAAAUUAAGUUCCUAUUUCCAUUUUACUGAGCCUGUUAACCUGAAGAAUAAAACCCUGCUGGAAAAGGCUGAUCUGGACCCAUCCACUGACUUUCUAGACUCUCUGGAGCAUGAUAUCCCACAAGGCUCCUGGACUGUCCAGCUAGAGAAGGGAGGCACUGUGGUGGUGCUGCGGAGCCUGCUGUGGCUUGGACUGACCUUCUACCAUGUCCCAAUGACCAAGCAAUAUGGCUACAUCUACUUUGGCAAUGGUGAGAAGAACUUGGAUCUGCCCUUCAUGCUGUGACCCUCCUGUCCAGGGUGAGGAUUCAAGAACAUUUAGAUUUUAUACUUAGGAUAUUUUUGUUUAGUGCUUGUUCUAAUAAAUAUGUGAAACCUC